AUGGCGAGGUCUACCCUUAUCCCAGAGCCGGUAUGGCUCGAUCUCGAUGCUACAGUUGACAAGACAUGCAAUCUCAUCGCCGAGGCCGCUAGCAAUGACGCUCAGCUUAUAACAUUUCCAGAGUGUUGGGUGCCCGGCUAUCCUGCUUGGAUAUGGGCCCGACCGGUUGACAUGGAGUUGACAACCCGAUACAUCCAAAACUCGCUAAAGCUGGACUCCCCCCAAAUGACUAAGAUCAAGGCAUGUGCCGCCAAGCAUAAAAUUGUGGUGGUUCUAGGAUUCUCGGAGAACAUCAACGACUCCCUCUACAUCUCCCAAGCGAUCAUUGAUGCCAAUGGUCAAAUUCGCCUGACUCGAAAGAAGAUGAAAGCGACCCAUAUGGAAAGGACGAUAUUUGGUGACUCAUUUGGCGAUUGUCUCGACAGUGUCGCAGACACAGCGGUUGGCAGAGUUGGGGCCCUGUCAUGCUGGGAACAUGUCCAGCCGCUGCUGAAGUACCAUACCAACUCUCAGCGUGAACAAAUUCACGUCGCUGCGUGGCCACCUCUUUUCAAGUAUGCUGGAAAGGGUCUAUUUUCCAUGUCGGCUGAUGGCACUACCGCACUCGCACAGACGUAUGCUAUUGAGUCGCAGUCAUUCGUCCUUCAUACGACCGCUGUAAUUAGCCAGCAUGGUAUCGAAUUUAUGAAGACACAAAAUGGGUCGAUAAUGAAUGUUCCAGGAGGUGGCUGUUCCGCUAUUUUCGGACCCGAGGGCCAUCAAAUGACUGCCAAUUGUCCGGAGACGGAAGAAACCAUUAUCUACGCUACAUUGAAUCUGGAGGAUAUUCUUCAAUGCCGAGCAUUUUUAGAUGUGUGCGGUCACUACAGCCGGCCAGAUAUUCUGUGGCUUGGGGCUGAUAAAACACAGAAGACCCAUGUCCGAUCCUAG